GUGCAAGAGUGUUUUUGCCAACGGCUUGCACGCUCGUCGUAAGCACGAUAUAUAUUGAAUGUUGCAAGCUCUAAGACCCGCUCGCACGGGGAUAUCAUACUGGGCAAGAAAUGUCGUCUAUGCCGAUCGCAGUAUCAUCGUUUUGAACAAACCUGCAGGACUUAUCUGCCAAGGCUCCGUCGAAGCUUCCUCCGAAAACAAACCUCGAGAUGUUGACAAAUUCAAUGACCUACUUCGUGACGUAAAAGAUACUUUUGCCCUGGAGAGCCUGCCGUAUCCUGUCCACCGCCUUGAUAAGUCUACCACCGGAACACUACUGUUGGCGCGUAACUCUCCAGCUGCUCGUCAGUUUUCACAACAAUUUCAGUCGCGGGUAGUAGGGAAAACAUAUUUAGCUCUUGUGCGUGGAGGAGAGAAGUCCUUCCCAACACGCAGUGGGGAGAUUCGAGACGCCCUGGAAUUCAGUGAUGGGCGCGUGUCUAUAGGCGAGAGCUGCGCUGCAAAGUUCGCCGCUACUGAUUGGGAGCUUAUUGCGUCCUCUCCUGUAGCACCACUGUCACUGCUCAGGCUAACUCUGCACACAGGGCUGAAACAUCAACUUCGCAUCCACCUGGCACAUUCCUUACACACGCCUAUACUUGGUGACAACUUGUAUGCGAGGAGUAGUAUCUCCGAGAAGAUUGCUAAGAUCACUCGACUGCCCGAGAAGAGGAUAUUCUUGCACGCGGCGCAGUUGACACUCUCAAGGUACAGAAAGACAGGGCCCCAAAAACACUUCCGACUUGCGAUCGGGGCUCCUAUACCCAAGGACUUCAUUACAAUAUGUAGAGAUGCAGGAAUCCCGUUGGACCACAUAUAUGUCGACGGCGGCCUGUCCGUUGAUGGCCAGCAUGUUGAUGAUGUUCCAGAUCUUGAAGGCAGAUGGCUACGAAAACCUCCAGUACUGCGCCCAUAAUCACUGACAAAAUAGAGUGUCAUCUGUGCUGCGCGAUAUGCACCUAAUUGGAAACUAUGUGCUAGAGCGGUGACUAGGGCUACACGAGAGAGUGACCCUACCUUUCAUCUUACCUUAUUUGUUGCAUUAUGGGUCACUCAGCCUUUUGUUUUGGGCUCGCAUAGAGUUAGACCACUUCGAGAUGUCUACUUGAUUUGUAGUGUUGUUCGCACAAAGGGCCUGCUUGUUGGUGGAGGAACUCGAUGUUUGUGUGACAUAUAUAGCUUGCUACGCUUAACCCAAGUUUAAUAUUAAU